UGUGGUGCGGCAAGACAACAGCCAACUACAACCACACCACCGCCACAACAACAAUCGUCAUCCUCGUCUAUCACAAUCACAAAGCGUUCUCGAGUUUCAACAAUAAAUCAAUUCAAAAGCUCGUGUCAUCGCACACCAGCAGCCACACCAAAAUCAGCACAAACGCAAAAACCAUUAUCAAUAAAAGAAGAAUUUAGUUUAUAUAUUUCGACAAACAGGUCGUCAAAAGAUUUUGAAACUUACUGGAAUGAAAAACAAAAUUUGUUGCCAAUUUUAUCUUCGUUUCGAAAGAAAUUCAAUUUAAAAGAAAAUGAAUUAUACAUAGUGGUACCAUGUACAACGAAGCCAGAUUUAGCUACAGUGAUAAAUGCAGAGUUCAAUUUCAAAAAUAAACUUGGUGGUCUUGAUAGUGAAAUUGUCACAAUAUUUCGUGAUGUACUGUUAUCGCAUAUAUAUCCACCAAAUUUUGUUAAUAGUACAGGUACGCAAGUAGAUUCAUUUGUUUUCUCACGAAAGUAUGCAAACCUACCUUGUUUGGACGUACCUACCGAAUUGUUGGACGUAUAGCCACAAGUAGUCAACGGAUCAGAACUGUUAAAUGGCAUGGCAGGAGAAUCGGAAGCAAAUAUCCGACAACUUUUUGAAGCUCCCGUGACAGAUGAAAAAGUAGUAUGCAGAAGCACUUCAUGUUUUCUCCUGAAGAAAAAUCAAACUUUCUCCAUAAGAACUUCAUAUUUCCUACCGAAGAAAUCCACCUUUGUCCACAUGAACUUCAUGUUUCCUCCUCAAGAAGUACACCUUUAUCCACAAGGUUUUCUCCUGAAGAAAUCCACCUUUCGCCUCCAGAAACCAGGAGGAGAAAAGAUGAAGCAAAUGUAACAAUUCCUUUAGUAAUAUGAGAAUAUUUAUUCUAGAAUUUGGCAGUGAACUGAAUCGAGAUAGCGAGCUGCGUAUAUUGUUCAAGCAAGAAUAACGAGAAAAAUAGCUCAAUGUUUCCAUAUGUCUUAUCAUUUGAUAUUUUUGAUUGUUCGAAGACGAUCAGUAGUAAUAUGUGAGACUCUCGAACAGCAAGAAUCAACGUCUUGCUUAGAUAAAUUAAUCAGAUAUAGAGGGAUUUUUGCAUCUUUAUCUCCAAUUAAACUAUUUAAUCAGCCAUUUUACUUGUAGAAGGAUCCAAUUCGAAAACGAAUACAAAAUUAAUUAAUAAAUGAUCAAUAAAAUUUUAUUCGUGGGAUUUUUCAAGAGUAAGACCAACAUUAUGAUUCUCAAUUUCUAAAAAAAAUUUUCUUCAUGAGUCAAUUGUAAAUGAAUGUUAUCAGUUAAUACAAACAUACAGGAAAGAAAUGAAUGAAUCAUUUUUUAAGGUGAAGAAUUUAAGAAUAGAUAAUAAGACAAACACCACCUUAUACAUAAUGAAGCUACAAUUUCACUUGAGACUAGUUUUUGUCUUUAUUCAAAAGACAUCAUCAGUCAUAUGAUGGCAAAAACAUUUAUCAUCUCCUUUUAAGCAU